CUUACUGAUGCAUUAACAUCUAUGGACCAGUGUAAUGAAAUAUUAUAUCCAAAUAUUAAAAAAAUACUACAUAUUAUUGCUUGUUUGCCUGUUUCUGUAGCUUCUGCUGAGCGUAGUUUUUCAACAAUAAGAAGAUUAAAAACUUGGUUAAGGUCAAAUAUGGGCGAAGAACGCUUGGUUGGGUUAGCUUUGCUUAAUAUUCAUAGACACAGAACAGUAGAAGUUGACGAAGUUAUUGAUUUAUUUGCUGGCUGUAAAAAAAGAAAUUUUGAUUUUGUUAUAUGA